GUGUUGUAUACAUGAGACAAAGAUCGACUUGGAGACACAAUUAUUAUCGACAUUUCGAGAUCUGUUCUUGAUAUUAUUCAGCCGAAUUACCGUUACUCUUACAGACAGAUUAUUCGUGUUAUUUUGACUUAAUUGCCUAAAUACCACCUCGGCCGUACAUUGGAUAUGCGUGAUUCAAAUUGCCGUGGUAAAAAACAGAAAAUUAACGCUUCACAAAUGCUAUUGUCAAAACGGCCUACAACGAAAAUGAUGACAACAACGGUUAUGAUCCCGUAUAUUUAUUUAGUGUGCUUAAUCAGUAGUUUAGAUUUAAUUGCACAAUGCCAGUGUUCUCAAAGUGCCAAUCACAGCCAGACUAGUGAAAAUCCAAACUACGAUGUGCAAGAACAAUCGAGAAAACUGUCCAACGAUGAUGUGGAAUCGGUUACGACGUACACGAAUCUGUUGAGUGACACACAUCCAGCGGCAAUUAUUGGCGAUCACAUAAUGAAGGAAUUUCAGUAUUACAACGAACCGAUUGAAAUUACAACACCACGGUACGAUCCACCGCCAUCGAUUGAUGUGCCCAGCAAUCAUCAGCCGGCACAUCAAAUCGAUUUGCACCAAUCGUAUUUCCCGCAAUUGGAAACCGUUCCUUAUAUUGCGAAUGUUCCAAGCAUUCCGAGCAUCCAGAGUGAUGCUUAUAUUGCACCGCCACCAAUCGCACCCGCUGGCCAAAAUCAUUUAGUGAAAGUUACGCGUGAACCAUUUUGGGCACCAGAAGUGUACAAGCUCGAAAAUCAAUACAUCGAAACAUUUCGAAGUAUUAAAACAUCCGUUAUGGGGAUGUACUAUCGCAUGCAAAAUUUUAUUAGCUACAUCAUGAGCCUGUUCACGCUAGAAAAUUCGCCGAUAGUGGAAGGUCGUAAAAAGAAAGGCCCAGGAAAAUUGAAGAUCAAGAAAAAGUUCAAGAAAUUCAUCAUUCCACUUUUGAUCGCGUAUAAAUUGAAAUUCUUUGCGCUGAUACCAAUUCUGAUCGGAGGACUUGUUCUAUUGGUGGGCUCGACUGGAAUGGCUGGCUUUUUCUUUGCACUCUUUGCAGCGGUUAUUAGUUUGAAAGGAGGAAGCGGACACUAAAAUGUUAAAAACAACCAUCGCUUAGCAUGAGUGCGUUGAGAGUUGAAAAUUUGAAGGAAAAAAAUGCUCAAAAAAGAUAUUAACAAGCACAACCGAUUGUAACAUGUAAUUGACCGUAAAAAUCAAGACAAUCCGAUUUCUAGUAAAUUGAGAAAGUGCAAAAUUAUAUGGGAACCCCCAGUAAAAUUUUCCUCGUUUUAAGCUGAAAAUUAGGUUUAAAAUCUUUUAUAAAAUUAACGACAGUCUUAAAUGUAUAAUUGUAAUGAGGUUAAUGUCCUGAAAAUAAAGUAUUUAUUUAAUUUAUUCCACUGAA